CAUGAUUGUCUUCGUAAGAAACGUGAUUGUCUUUGUUGUAUUAAUUUGCUGAAUCUCCUGGUGAAGUAGAUGAAGGAGGAUCCAGGAUUUAUUGAGUGCUAGUGGUAGAUGAUGAUGAGGACGAGCAGUGGCCGCUGUGAGCAUUCGAAGUAGAAGUAGAAGUAGAAGAACCUAUUCGCAUUCCUCAAAAUGGACAUUCCGUCGGACGCCUCAGCCAGCGUUCGCGAGGACCGGGAUGCUCAGUGCCUUAGCGGCUUGUGGCGCCAAGCCAUCGCACAUCAGAAUGGCAAUGUGCAUGCAUUUAAUCGCAACGUCGUUAAGCCGAAUCUUAGUACGCUAGAGGAGAUUUUCGAACGCAAAUAUGGCAUGGAUUUCCUUCUGGAAGGUACUGGCAGGAUGGAAAGCGGAGAAGACACUGCAGCAGCCGCACUCGUACGUGGGCAAAUCCGAGAGUAUUUCGUGGAAAGAUUAAGGCAAGACGGAGCGUUGGAGAGGUUUCACGACCAAGAGAAUCAUGGCGGAAGAGGAGGAGGAAGCAGUUCUUCAGGAGGCGAUGCGCAGAUCCUCCUUUCAGAGCUGCAUCGUGCGUUGACCUUGUUGUUUUCAUACUGCCAAGAUAGUAGAGGUGGGACUUACGCUGAUGCCGAAACAGGAGUUGGAGAUGUGAUUCUUUUACUUCGAAAAAACUGGUUCUUGGGACAGAAACUUGCAGAACCAGGUUCUUGUGCUAUACCGCAAGCAGAUGCAGGUGGACACGAGGCAGAAACAGAGACAUCACACUCACGACGAGUAGUAGUUGUAACUCAUGCAGCCUGUGACACCAUUAUUGACAGCCUUCUAGAGAACAAAAGAACAGACGGUGGCUGCAGUCCUGGUUUUGCUGGAAGGUUUUUUCGCGACAUGCUGGAGCUAUUGUCCCAUCUUCACGGUCUAAAAAUUUGUGGUCCUCCUCCUGGACCAUGA